AUGUACAUGGACGUGUCCACCUGGGUCGGCUUCGUCUCCACGUCUGCGGCCCGGGCGCGCCUCGCGGAGGGCUCCAGGCUGCGCCUCGCGCGGCGCUGCGAGGCCACGUGCUGGUACGCCGUCCACGUGGCCGUGUUGGCGCUCAUGGUCCUUGCCGCAGACGGCUGGGGCAGGUUCCACCUUGUUCAGGUCGUGACGAUCAUACCGCGCCUCGCCAUCAACAUGAUAUACUUCCGGAAGUGGGUUACCUCUUGCUGCACGCUUCUGCACAGCUUUCUGCAGGUCGUCGUUCUGCUGGGGGCGGAUGUGCAUUUCCGACAACCCGAAUCUGAAUCCAUCAGACUGUAUGUGAGCAUCGAGAUCAUCAUCGCAGUCUUUCUCGUCGCAGGGAUUGCGGCCUGGGAGAGCUUCGUUCGCACGCAGAUCCUCGCAGAGAUCGAGAGGGCCACGACGCAGAGCGAAGCCACGGCCUCUCGGAGGCUGCUGAACACCAUCUGCGAUGCCACCUUCGAGCUCGACGGCGACCUCCUCCUCACCGGCGAGGCGGCGCAGCUGGCAGGCAUGCUGCACCUCGGCCCCAGCAGGUGCUCGCGCGGCGCCGCGCUCGAGUCGUUCGUGCUGCCGGAUUCGGGGGACCGGGAGUGCCUGAGGGAGCGCAUCACGGCUCCAGUCCCAGAUAACCAGGACCGAAUGGAGAUGGCGAACGUGUUCCACGUAUGCUUGUGCGACAGCCUCAGCAACAGCGUCAAGGUUGAGGUUUACCACGUGCCUGUCCACUGCCCCUCGGCAGCCGAGCACCACCUGGUCGGCCUGAAGGAGCUCGUGGACUUUCGGGACACGAUCGACCGCGAGCUGCCAGCCGUCCUGACGGGCCCCCAGCUCGGCCAGGUCAGCAGCAGGCGCAGCAAAAGAUCAAGGCGCCGCGGUUCCAGGAGGGGCUCGACGCUGGCGUCCUUGUCGGGCCUUGGUACGCCUCCAGACGCUGCGGCAAGCGCGGGCUUGUUUGCAGACCUCAGGCAAGACUACACCCCUCUCGCGGUGAAGUUCGACGCUGACAGCAUGACCGUCUUGGAUGCCACCGGCGACGGCGCUGAGGCGUGCGUGCAAGGCUCGUGCUUCAGAAGUAUGCUUCUCCCUGGACAGGAUUUCUUCAUGGACAUCCAGAUGGGUUGCCAUGCUCUCCGAGAAAUGCUGGUCUCUGACCCUUACGCGCAGUUUCAUUUUCGAACCUGCGUAGAGUUUUCCCAGGGCGUCGUCCAGAGUGCGCUCUGUGAGGUUGUGCUUAUGGUGGUCGGAGCUGCCCGAACAGAUUCCGAAUGUACACAGACCUUGCCCAUCGUGGCGACGCUUCAGGUUGUAGGCUCGAUGCCCAGAACACCGACAUCGUCGCAGUCUUCGGACGUCGACGUGUAG